ACACGCAAUAGCUUCAGAUCUAAAAGAAAAAAAAAUAAUUUUUUUCUGUGAUUCAUUAAAUUUUGUUGUUAAUAGUCAAAUUUUGGAAUAAAAAAAAUCAUCUUAAAAUGGAUAGAGCUGGAGAAUAUAGUAGCGAUGAUGAUGACGAUGUCCCAACUUACAGCCAGUCAUUCGGCUCAUCAAACGGAUACUUUGUUCUAGUUGCUGGGAAUGUUUUGCCGUCGAUCGGCAAUUUUCGAGUCGCUGUUUACUCUUAUGGAUAUGAAAAGAAGAAGGAUGAGAUUGAGAUUGUCAUUAAAUCUACAGAAGAGGAUUUUGAGAUGAAAGAACGAGUCACUUUGUCUGGAACUAAAGUUCAGAAUGUGGAUUUUAAGAUCAACAACCCACCAGAAGGUGAAUACAACCUCAAAGUUUCAAGUCUAUCUGGUGAGUACUUCGACCAGACUCGCUGCCUCCACAUGAACCUGAAAAAGUACGCAGUAUUCGUUCAAACUGACAAGAGUGUCUACAAGCCAUCAGACAACAUCAAAUUCAGAGUCAUGGUCCUUGAUGCUGAGACUAGACCUUAUAAUUUCGAUAAGAUUGACAUUUAUGUCACUGACGGUGGUGACAACAGGAUUAAGCAGUAUGAAGAAGUUGGUAAAAAUUUCAUCAAAGGAGUUUAUCAAAAUGAAUUGCAACUUUCGGACUUGCCAGUCAUGGGAGUCUGGAAGAUUCAUGUUAAGAUCAACAACGAUCAGGACAUUGAAAAGACAUUUGAUGUUGAAGAGUAUGUCUUGCCUAAAUUCGAAGUCUCAAUCGACACUGUCCCAAAUGUGCCUUUUAAAGAUGGAGUCAUUAAAGCUACAGUCAAUGCAAAAUACACUUUUGGUAAAAUCGCAAAAGGAAAAGCAACCGUGACGGCAGAAGUUGAGAGUCCAUACGGGAACUAUCGAUUCCGAACUGUCGAGCCGACCAAGAAAGUUUCAAAAACUGUCGAAGUUGAUCGCAAAAAAUUCGUCGAAUUUGACCUUAAAAGUGAACUUAACAUCCGUGACUCCAAAAAUGAGCAUACAGUCAAGCUUCAUGCAUCAUUUAAGGAUGAAUUGAGUAGUAAAGUUGCAACGGCAAAUGCGACAGUAAAAAUACACAGCGAUGCAAUCAAAAUGGUAUUGAAGAAAAGUUCUGAAAAAUUCAAACCGGGACUUCCAUUUACAGUCACGGCAAUUUUAAGUUCUCAUGACAAAAGCACGCCAGUCAUUGAUCCAAAAAAUCCAGUCAAGUUCACAGUCACUUCUUAUUAUGACAUUCUGAGAAAGAUUAAAUCAAUUCAUCAAGAGAACAUUUGUGGACGUCGUGUGAACCCUGGUGACGAAUAUGAGUGCUGGGAGGAGAACUCAAAAACACAAGAGUACAAAGUUCCACUUGAAAAUGGAAUUGCUAAACUUGACAUCGAUGUUCCGAAGGAAACGACGUCUUUUAGUGUUGAGGCAAAAUACCUUGGCAUUGAACAAGACACCUCUCGUGUCCAGAAAGUCGAAUCCAUGUGUCGUCAGUAUCUUCAGGGCAAGUUAUUGACAGAAAGACCAAAUCUACUAAAACCAUUCAAUAUCAAAGUCCAAGCCACAAAUAUGAUCAAAGAACUAACCUACCAGGUUCUUGCAGGUGGAAAAAUUUUGGAAUCCAAUUAUGAAAAGUUCAAGGAAUCCAUCGAUCACAUCGUGAACAUCAAACCAACUUUAUUCAUGCUUCCAAAAGCUUCUGUUGUGAUUUAUUAUGUUGCCGAAAAUGGCGAAAUUAUUUCAGACAAGAUUGAUGUUGAGUUUGGCAAUCAGUUGUUGAAUCAUAUAAACCUCAAUUUAUCAGCCGAACAAGUAAAACCAGGCGAAGAUCUCAUCAUAAACGUCAAGAGCCAACCAAACUCUUACGUUGGGCUCUUGGGAGUCGACCAGAGUGUCUUGUUGCUCAAAAAAGGCAAUGACAUCGAACAAGAAACCGUUUUUGAUGAAUUGAAGAAGUUUGGUGAAGCACAGAAGUACAAUUAUUCACAUUACUAUAGUGGACAUGACAUCGGCGACUUCCGUGAAAUGAUCAUGAUCACGAAUACAAAAGUCGCUCAGGGUAAGAAAAAGCCCCGAGUUCGUACAUACCAAUGUGAGUCCCGAAACAGUUUGGCUCCUCGAGCAAUGGCAUUUGGCGUUGGUGAAGAAAGAGUGAGAUUUAUGGCAAUGUCAAAGCGUAGUGCUCCGAAGAUAAUGAAUGACAUGAUGAUGGAUGCUGCACCUAUGGUUGGAGGUGGAAGCAUUGUUGAACGUAAACCGGUUGAAAUUCGCAAGAAGUUCCCUGAAACUUGGUUGUUUGACAGUUUGGAGUUUGAUUCUGGCGACACAAAGUCCUUAACCAAGAAAGUUCCGGACACAAUAACAUCUUGGAUAAUUACUGGAUUCUCACUAGAUCCAAUACGUGGCUUGGGAAUAACUGACUCAGCAUCAAAAUUGAGAGUUUUUCAGCCAUUCAUUGUCGAUACCAACUUACCAUACUCAAUCAAACGUGGUGAGGUUGUGUCAGUCCCAAUCAUCAUAUUUAAUUACUUGGAUAGCGACCAGACCACAACAGUGACUAUGUUCAAUGCUGAUGCUGAGUUUGAGUUCAUCAAUCCCGACGAGGAAGAAAAUGCAGUAAAGAAGCAGAAGCUCACAACUGAAACUGAAAGAAAACAAGAAAUUGUCCUGAAAUCAGACGAAGGCGCAACAGUUUCAUUUAUGAUUCGUCCACUUAAGGUUGGACAGAUAACAAUAAAAGUGGUUGCUGAGUCACAGAUGGCUGGUGACGGAAUUGAAAAGAAACUGAAAGUUGAGCCUGAAGGUGUGACCCAGUACAUGAAUGAAGCUGUGUUGAUUGAUCUAAGAAGUGAGAAGGAGUUCAAAAGGACAAUUGAAAUCUUAGUUCCACCAGAAGCAGUUAAGGAUUCAACUAGAGUUGAAGUAUCUGCAAUUGGUGACAUCUUGGGACCAUCGAUUGAUAAUUUGGAUAAGUUGAUUAAACUCCCUUACGGCUGCGGUGAACAAAACAUGCUGAACUUUGUUCCUAACAUUGUCAUCCUUGAAUACUUAACAAACCUCAACAAACUAAACCCACAAAUCGAAGAGAAAGCCAAAAAGUACAUGGAAGUUGGAUACCAAAAGGAAUUGACCUAUAAACAUGACGAUGGUUCCUACAGUGCAUUUGGAAUGCAUGAUAAAUCAGGUUCCACUUGGUUGACAGCAUUUGUAGCUAAGUCAUUCAGCCAAGCAUCAAAGUACAUCAAAAUUGAUCAAAAUAAAAUUUUGGAAGCGUUGAAUUUCCUAAAAAGUGUUCAAGCUAAAGACGGAAGUUUCCCAGAAGUCGGAACAAUCUGUCACAGAGACAUGCAAGGUGGUGCUUCAAAGGGAAUGGGAUUGACUGCAUACACAUUGAUUACAUUCUUGGAAAAUAAACCGUUGGCUAAGAAGUUUGAGGAUGUCAUUAAGAAUGCACAAAAUUAUAUUUUUGAUAAUUUAGAGACCUUGGAUGACAAUUAUUCAUUGGCUAUUGUCAACUAUGCCUUACAACUUUCUGGAAAUGACAAAAAGGAUGUCUUAUUGGAGAAACUUAACACAAAGUCAGUCAACAAAGAUGGAAUGAAGCACUGGAGUAAAGAAAUUGAGAAACCCAAGGAAAGGGACUGCUGGUACCAUAGACCAAGUUCAGUCAAUGUUGAGAUGUCUGCUUAUGCAUUACAAGCAUUUUUAGAAGCUGACAAGACUAACGAUGCAGUUCUGAUCAUGAAAUGGCUUGUGACUCAAAGAAAUGCAAAUGGAGGAUUCCAGUCAACACAAGACACAGUCGUUGGUCUUCAAGCUUUGUCAAAAUUGGCUAUGAAGGUUCAUGUCGCUGAUUCUGAUCUUCAGAUUGUCGUCAAACCUAAAGAUUCAAUUCCAUCAACAAUCAAUGUCAACUCUGCAAACUCUUUGGUCCUUCAAAAGCAUGAAAUAUCGUCAGAAGCUCGUCAUUUUGAAGUCUCAGCAACUGGUAAAGGCUUCAGUAUUCUUCAAAUCUCUUACAGAUACAACUUAGACAUCUCUGGACAGUCCCCAAGGUUCAUUUUGAAUCCAGUUGUCAUGUCAACGUCAAACAAAGGAUUUUUGCACAUCAGCGUUGGUGCCAAAUUCGUUCCUGAUGCACAGACUGCUACAUCUAAUAUGGCAGUCAUGGAAGUCACAUUGCCAAGUGGAUUUACUUUUGACAAUGAUCAUAUGAGUGAGCUGUUGGCUACAACAAAGGUUAAGAAAGUGGAGACGAAAGACGGCGACACCAUCAUAAUGGUCUACUUUGAUGAUAUCGGAGCUGAUGAAAUUGUUCCAGAGUUUAAAGCUUACAGGACGCAUGCAGUUGCUAAGCAAAAGCCAGCACCAAUCAUCAUUUAUGACUAUUAUGACAAUUCUCGAUCAGCCAGAACAUUCUACAAUCCACCAGAAAUUCUAAUCAGUGACAUCGCAGCAGCCUAAACUAGCAAUUGACUGCAAAGAAUAUGAAACUUAAAGUUUAUUUUUUAUUAAUAAUUUAAUAAUCCAAACUUUAAAUAUUGAGGAAGAUCAAGAACAUGAUAAGAACACAGAGCGCGGCCAGAAAAAGUGGGAUUUUUUUAAGGUCUGACUUGUUGAUGCCACAUUUUUUUUAAAAUUCAAAUGAGUACACAAUUAUCAAUUAACCUUUACUUAACUAGGGACGUUGUAUCGCCAUUCUGGCUACGUCCAUAAUUAUCAGUGCCUAAAAAAGUAUUAAAAACAAAAAAUAAUUCACAAAUGUUCUUACAAUUCAAUAAAAUAUUUUAUAUUAUCACAAAAAUAUUAAAAAUCUAUAAAAGAAAUGAAAUAAAAAAUUAAAAUUCAAUAUUUUCUGUCAAAGCUGUGAUUUUUCAUUUAUUUCAGAGACAUUUUAAAUUUUUUUUCGUCCAUUUUUUUAUGUUUUCACAAAAAGUUGUUUUUUUAUUUAUUUUUCUAAUUCAAAAAUAUUUUAAGACACAUUUUUUUCUUAAUAACUUUUUAUUUCAGUAUCUUAUUAAUUUAUUUUUAUAUCGAUAUACAUUUAUUUUAUUUAUAUAUAAUUUUAUUUUUUUUUUCAUCUUGUGUAUAUUAAUAAAUGUUAAAUUGGAAGGGAAAGCAAUAUUAUUGUUUUUGGGAAUAAUACUAUUCCGUUCGAAAGGAAAUUUUUGAAUAUUUUCCGUUAAAUUUAGCACAUUUUUUUAAGUUUUUUCAGUUUUUGUCUCACAAAGUUU